ACCACAAACAUUAUCUCCCCACAUAUCUUUUGGGGGUUAUUUAUUUUGCAGGAUGCUUAACUAUGUUUCUAGCCAUGCCUCAUAUAAGGUAAUAUUGGUAAGUUUGGUAACCACUGAAAGAGGUCCACUGCUGCCACUUUAAACACUGCUCAACAUCAUAGAAAUCUCAGCUUUAAUGGGUUAAAAAAGCAUGGAUUUGUUGUGUAAGAUGUUGGGAUAGAAAAAAGCAAUGGAAGUAUCGCUGUGAUUUGCCUCUCUACAUUUAUUUCUACAUGUGUCAAAUGCCCACCUGUUCAAUCAUACAGGCACCCUUGAUAAUUUUGUUACAGCUGGUUUGCAGUAAGAUUAGAUGCUCUUUGCAUUAGGUAGAUGUAGAUAUGGUUUCUGUAGUGAUGGGGCAGACUGCAGAGAUCUAUUGGCUGCUAGCUUUGUAAAUUUCAUUCAGUUUGGUCCAAUAGCAGAAGGAGAGAGACUGGCACAGCCUGGACCUCUCUCCCUCUUCAAUCUCUCUUUUUCUUGCAGAUCAGUCUCUCUCCCUGUCUCUGUGUCUCUGCAUAGGCAAUCAGAGCUCUUACUGACAAACCCAACUCUCCCUCUUGCACUGAUUUUGUAAUGAAUUUUCUUCCUGAAUGUAGGUCGUUUACAACAGUAAGCGCCAGUUUCCUCCAAAUCCAGCGUUGUUGUUGCUUUUUUAUUUUUAUUUUUUUGUGGUCAUUGCAUUCCUUUGGACAAGAAAAUCGCAUUGGAUUCCAAAAAACAUAGGGGAGCCUUGUUUGAAUAAUUCGUGUCGUCUGAUAUCCUGUCAGGAUUCCCUGGAAGAAUUUGGCUGAGUAAAAAAGGACGUCCGUGCAGCUGCAGCUGUCGCACUGUUAAGGCUGAUUGAUCUUGCUGGAAUCUAUUGGAAGGAAUCAUUGUGCCAAUGAAGCAGAGUGACCGCUGACCACAUUCUCCUUCUCAGCCUGCUGGGAAGUGCCACCAGGAUUAAACCUGCAUUGGAACCUGGGGAUGGACCUUAGGGACGAAGACCCCUUUGGUUGUCGUGACACUGGAAUCUGUCUAUGGUCAAUCAACUGAGGCACCAACCACACUCAUCCUUAGGCUUUUCAUUAUCUGAAAAUAUUACGUGUUGCCUUUCACUUCAUCUCCCUUUGUCUCCCCAACUGUGGAAGACAGAGCCCUGCUGAUGUUGAUAUAAACAAUGUCAAGGCCAAUGGGACUCCUAUGGCUGCCUUUGAUCUUCACUCCAGUCUGUGUCAUGUUGAAUUCUAACUUCCUUUUGUGGAUAACUGCACUAGCUAUAAGAUUUACCCUCACUGAUGGCCAAGCACAAUACCCUGUUGUUACCACGAAUUAUGGCAAAAUACGUGGCCUAAGAACACCUUUGCCCAAUGAGAUCCUGGGCCCGGUGGAACAGUACCUGGGAGUUCCUUAUGCCUCCCCUCCGACUGGGGAGAGGCGAUUCCAGCCCCCAGAACCUCCCUCCUCAUGGACUGGGGUUCGGAAUGCCACGCAGUUUGCUGCCGUCUGCCCACAGUACCUGGAUGAGAGAUCACUGCUCAAUGACAUGCUGCCGAUCUGGUUUACUGCCAAUCUGGAUACUGUUGUGACAUAUGUACAAGAUCAAAAUGAAGAUUGCCUUUAUUUGAAUAUCUAUGUGCCCACUGAGGAUG